UGGCGAGGCUUUUCAGCUGGUUAGCCAAACAUCCACAGAAAAAAGAGAUGAGCAGGAAAACGAGACGAAGAACAUAAGAAUACAUUUAUUACGAGCUAGAAAAAAUAGCGACAGGAAGGAAAUCCGUUUAGAAGGCAGAUUUUUACAGAAGACAGCCUGUGGUGGAGAAAAAGUGAUACGUUUUGAAAACCUCAUCACGAAGCGUUCCUCACACCCCAGAAGGGCCACCCACAGCUUCCCCUUCACCUCAACAAGCAGAGCCUCUGUGCGACAGCUGCGCAGCAUUUACAGGAACACACGCUCUCAAAAGCAGCUCGCUGAGACCUAUGGCAAUAAAUCAAACAGCUAAAGAGUCGAGUCUCACCUGAAUAUCAGAUGUAAGAAAAAGGGGGAAAGAUCUGGAAGUCGUCUGAUCCACUCGACACAUUUCUGUCGUCCAAGUCUGCACUGGGGUUCGGGUGCAUGGGUGUUUUGCUGACGGAGGUUUAUUGUGAUGGUGUGAUGGUGGACUGGUAUGUCCGAGGCUGAAGCUAGCUUAGCUUCCCGGUUUUAAUAUAGCAUGUUGGCAUAUGGCUAACUGUGUAUGGUGACAGAUCAGUCCAUUAUCCUCCUCCCCUCCAUCACCAUCUCUGGCCCCUACAAGGGGGUUUUAACCUGUUGGUAGUGGUGCCCCCUUACCCCAUCAUCUCUUCAUUUCUGUUUUCAUUUUACUCAUCCAUCCACCCCACCCUAGAAAUCAUCAGCUUUUUGAUUUUUUUCCCUCCAUCUUUCACUUUCAUCAGCCCUCAUCACUGUGGUGUUUUUGUGAAAUCUCUUUCUUUUUGUUGAAUUCAUCUCUCACCUGUCGUGAUUCACUGUGCAUUACCGCCGUUCAGCCCCUGUCAUCUUUUAAAGUCCUUCUAAAACCCCAAACCCAGUGCAGCUCAGCCUGGCCCAAAGCAAAUCACCUUAACCUCUGCAGAGUCGAGCCGCUGGGCAGUCGUUUUGGUGGUUGUUUUGGUUGCAUGGAAUCGGCUUAACCGUGGAGAGGCCGGGCUACCACAAACUGAUGGACUUUGACAAGCGAGGAGUAGGGGGAGGAGGGGGCGGAGGAGGAGGAGGAGGAGGUGGUGGUGGAGGUGGAGGGAAAGGGGAGGCGGAGGAGGGAAAGAGGAUGUCCGGGAAGACGGGGAGUCGGUCGGGGCACGGCGGCCGCGGCACCGGCUCCAACUCCGGAGUCCUGAUGGUCGGACCGAACUUCCGGGUUGGGAAGAAGAUCGGCUGCGGGAACUUUGGGGAGCUGAGACUCGGAAAGAAUCUAUACACCAAUGAAUACGUGGCUAUUAAACUGGAGCCAAUCAAGUCACGGGCACCGCAGCUGCAUCUAGAAUAUCGCUUCUACAAACAGCUGGGAAGUUCAGAGGGUGUACCCCAGGUGUUCUACUUUGGACCUUGUGGUAAAUACAAUGCUAUGGUUCUGGAGCUCCUGGGACCCAGUCUAGAGGAUCUGUUUGACCUCUGCGACAGGACCUUCUCUUUAAAGACUGUACUCAUGAUAGCCAUACAACUGAUAUCUCGUAUGGAGUUCGUCCACACCAGAAGCCUGAUCUAUCGAGAUGUGAAGCCUGAGAACUUCCUGGUGGGCCGACCCGGCUCCAAACGACAACACACCAUCCACAUCAUAGACUUCGGCCUGGCGAAAGAAUACAUCGACCCGGAGACCAAGAAACACAUCCCGUACAGAGAACACAAGAGUCUGACUGGAACUGCCAGAUAUAUGAGCAUCAAUACACAUCUGGGGAAAGAGCAAAGCAGGCGGGAUGACCUGGAAGCUCUAGGCCACAUGUUCAUGUACUUCCUGCGAGGGAGUCUACCCUGGCAAGGACUGAAGGCGGACACUCUGAAAGAACGUUACCAGAAGAUAGGAGACACAAAGAGAGACACACCUAUAGAGGUCCUCUGUGAGAACUUCCCAGAAGAGAUGGCCACCUACCUGCGGUACGUGCGUCGACUGGACUUCUUCGAGAAGCCGGACUACGACUACCUGAGGAAACUCUUCACGGACCUCUUUGACAGAAACGGAUACAUCUUUGACUACCAGUACGACUGGACUGGAAAACCACUGCCCACUCCUAUUGGUCCAGUGGCCAGCGAGACUCCACUACAGACAAGCAACCGAGAGAAAGCGCCGCAGACCAAAAACCAGUCUCCAGAGGGGAAAGGCAGUGAGUCCCAGCCCACUCCGGUCACCAAUCGAGAGCUGCUGGGCUCCCACCUCACUGCCGAUAGGCUGGGCGGGUCCGUCCAGGUUAUGAGUUCAACCAAUGGAGAGCUGAAUACAGACGACCCCACUGCAGGACACUCCAACGCACCAAUCACAGCCAACGCAGAGGUGGAAGUGGCUGAUGAUACCAAGUGCUGCUGUUUCUUCAAGAGGAGGAAGAGGAAAGCUCUCCAGAGACACAAAUGAAAACAAGCAACAAGAGAGAGAAAGACCCGCUCUCUUUUUUUUUCUCUCCACCAUCUCUACUUCCUCCUUUCCUCCCUCUCUUUCUAGGCCUCUUCAUACAACCCCCCCCCCCCACCCCUCCCUCUCCUCUCCUCUCCUCUCUCUAUCUCACCCUCUCUCUCACCCUCCUCCUCUGCUGUUGGAGGUCCUGUAGUCUACCUUGGGUUGGCUGGACUGGCUGGACCACCAGACAGCAGAAUGUGUUUGGCUAAGCUGAUCUACUGGUUUGUACUGGUCUGGACUGGACUGGACAGACAGGCAGUAACACACGUUCGCCGUUUCCACCUCAGAGCUUUAAAUGUGGACUAGCUGGUGGACUCUUCGUGUAUUUAUGGUCACAAACUGAACUGAAACUGGAUCAUUAUAAACUGUUGUGGGCGUGGAGGGGGGCAGAAAGUGACCACAAAUGAACAGUUAAUAGACUGUAAAAGGUGAGACUGGAUUCAGCUGGUUAACUGGCAGACUGGUUACUUCUAUAUUUUUUGGAUUUUUUUUCUUUUCUUCCUUACUGACUGGUUCAGAAGAGAGAGAAGUAUAUUUCUGAGGAGAUACGACAACGAGACUGUCUGACCACACGUGCACACAAACUGCACGCACACACACACACACAGGCACGUACAAACACUCUGUACACCUACUGGAGCUCACGAUGAUGAUGAGACUUCAUGGACAAAAAGACGCAGCUCUCGCACAUAGUCUAUAAAGUUUUUAUUACCUCGGGUCGAAGGAAGUACCACAGCGAGCGGCUAUGUCUAUUUCCUGCAACGGAUUGGAGCUCACCGUACGUUCACCCUCAGAGGAGAAAAAAAAAACCCAACCUCACCACCACCAGAAUCAAAAGUUUAAAAAAAAAAAAGAUGUUUAUGUAAAAACAA